AUGGGCCGUGAAGCCAGCAUGGAGAUCGAGCGGCGCGGAGCUUCAUUCGAGGGCCUGGCGCCCCUCAAGUCCGCGCUCGUCACAUUGAAGGCCUACCACAAAGGCAGCCACCAUGACGCAUCCUCCCAGGCAUACAAGGCUCUGUAUAAACAACAGUACCUCCUCAUCCUGACUGCUGGCAGCUUCCGGCUCUACAGCACGCGGGAGGUGGAGGAGGGCGCGGUGACGCCACCAACUCCGGAUGAUAAUUCCGAUCUCGGGCAGGAGCUGGAGACCCUGAGGUCGACGCUCCUCCCCUCCGCCGGCAAGGGUGAGCUCAGAGCGACGUCCGUGACAUCCUCCCCGCAGCGUCCGUGCCCCCCCGCCUCCCCGCCCUCCGACCAGAUGCUGUGCGUGAGCAUCGCACUGUCCAGCCUGCUGCAGGCGGAGGUGCAGCCCGGCGGCCUGCUCACCCUCAGCUUCGAGCCGGACGAGGCGCGCACGCUGGCGCAGGCCGCGCGGGAGGCCGCUGCGCGGCUGGCCUGUGCGCUGGCCUGGCUGGACCGGGGCCUGCCGCUGCCCAGCGAGCGCGCCACAGUGGCCCUGGUGGCGGCGGUUGACCCCGGCGGCGGCACGCAGCGCGUCGUGGCCACCGCGCCAGCCUGGGGCGCAGCGCUGGCGGUGCCGGAAAGCGUGGCGCGUGCCGCGCGCACGGCGCGCGGCGCGCGCGGCUUCGCGCCGGCAGCAGGCCCGCUGCUCCGGGUCUGGGUCAGCACGGGGCUAGGCGUCGUGACCCUGGACCUGAGCCCCCACCGCCUGGCCCAGGCCUGGGACCAGGAGGGGGCGGGGGAGCCGGGGACCAAGCACGCGGCCCUGGUGGUCAGCCAGCGCCUGCCCAAGGAGCUGCAGCGGGGGACGGAGGGGGGGAGCCACCUCGCUGCGCGCCUGGAGUGCACGGUGGGGGUUCAGGGGCCCCUGGAGGCGCUCGCUGAGGAGGUGGAAUGUGAGGAGGAGGACGCGUGCAUCAGGGCGGUGUUCGUCGGCCAGCCCGUGGUCGCACCGCAGCCGCCGCGCACGCCCCAGCCCGGCCCCAUUCAGCGCAGCAUCACCUGGGCCGACCAGGUGGCGCCGCCGACGGGCCCGGGGCGGAAGGCGUCGCGCGUGCCGGGCAGCAUGGUCGCGCCGACUGAUGCAGCCCUGCCGCCAAGCAGCCCAACAGGGCGCGACUGGCGUGCCGAGCUCUCCAGGCCCGCAGCCGCCGCGCUGGCGGCGGCUGCCAGCCUCAUGGCCGCCAGUCUUUAUGCGCAGGCCCCGCUCGGGAACCUGCCCCGCUGGGUGACGACGGUGGCUCUGCCCUUCUGCGUGCUGGCAUGUGGGCUGGGGAGAAGGCUGGGGCCUGGCUCGGAGCGUGGGCCCUGGUGGCAGAGCAUCGAGAUCGUGGAGGAGAGGACGCUGAUGCCCUCCCUGUCCGUCAGCCGGACACUGUCCUGGAGCGGACUUGCCCCCGCCAGCACCGUGCACGCCGCGCUGCCGCCGGGGCUGCUGGCGCUGACGCGCGCGCACCCGGGGGUGCUGACGCCGGACGUGGCGGCGCGCUUCCUGGCGGGGCUGGAGACGGAGGCGCGCGCCGCCGCCGCCAUGCGCGGCAUGGUGGACUUUGUGACCAGCAGGGGCAUGCUGGACGUGGCCUUUCGGCCGCAGCCGGCCUUCGCCGCCGUCAAGCGCCACUACACGCACGGCUUGCUGGGCCGGGCGCGGGACGGGUCGGUGGUGGAGCUAGAGUGCCUGUCCCAGCUGCCCGCCGCCUACCCACGCCUGGCGCGGGAGGGGGUGGGCCAGGACGAACUCCUCGCCCACCUCAUGUUCACCUACGAGUACGUGUUCAAGGUGCUGGACACGGCGCCGCUGCCGGGGGGAAAGACCUACAAGAUCGUGGACCUGGGGGCGCUGAGCAUGGGAGACCUGCGCUCCGAGGGAUUCAAGUUCAUCAGCAAGGCGGGUGCCCUCCUGGCUGUCAACUUUCCUCAGCGAUUGCACCGUGCCUUCCUCGUCAACGCACCCUCCUGGUGGUCUCUGGCCUGGAAACUGGUCAGCCCCUUGAUCACCAAGAAAGUCCGGGAGCGCAUGGUCGUCUUCGGCAGAGGGCAAGAGUACAUCCUCUGA